AUGAGUCCAGGUGAUAAACCAUUUACAAUAACCUAUCUCAUAGGAUAUGCCCUGACCAAUAGUCACCAUAGCAUAGACUACAAGAAAGACGAGUACAUCGAACUUGACGAUGUCUUCUCAGAAAUUGGCCAUGUCAAAGAUAAGCAAUUCUGCGACAUAAAUCCUCAAGAAAACUCUUGGGUUUUAAACAUAGCUAGAAAUAAAAAAGCUCUAGGAGAAACUCUUAGACCAAGAAUUUCUAUGGAUUCACUCAACGUAGGAGAAAGCUCAGAAAGAAAAGAUAGUAAAACAGUCAAAAUUAAAACUCUUGACGACAAUACUGAAAAGAAAGAAUACGUUUUCUCUACUUCUGGAAAAGCUGAUUUUGAUAUCGAAAGGAAAACUUAUACUAAGAAGAAGUAUAAAGAAAAAAACAAAAAGAAAUACAAAUCUUUUUGGAAGAAGAAAAAGAGAAGAUUUUCUCCAGGAAAAUACUUCAAAAAAUCUUCGAAAGAAACACCUAAAAAGAAUAAUUCCUGCCCACAAGGAAAGAAAAAAUGCAGGUGUUGGAUCUGCAACGAAGAAGGACACUACGCUAAUGAAUGUCCAAAUAGGAAAAAGUACCCUGACAAGGUCAAGGUAUUACAAGCUACUAAUAAUGGAGGUUAUGAAGCUAUUGAAGAAGAAUACAUUUGUAUACAUUCAUUUGACAUGUUGAUACUAAUUCCUCGUCAUCCUCAGAAGAAGAUGAAACAACUACUGAUGACUCAGAUUAGCCUUAAACAGACUCCACCUUUUAAGAAGGAAGAGGUUAACCAUUUUUGUGCAAAACUCUAG